AUUAGCUUGUAUCCUUAUUUCCUUGUCCAUUUAACUGUUGCUCGAUCUACUCUGCUCCGUUACUCCAGGACGAAAGAAAUCUCAAAAAAAUCAAAUUCCCUUUUUCCACGUAACAGAUCAAUUCCCCCUCACACAAACAAAACAGACAGACAAUUCAGUGGAUUGAUUGGCCGAUCGAUCCCAAAUGGAGACGCUAGCGAGCGCCAUGAAGAACGAGAGGCGAUGGCGCUCGAAACCCUCCCCCUCCUCGCAUAGCAAAGCCCCUCUGAUCAUGGGCUUCCUCUCUUGCCUCGCUUGGCUCUAUGUCGCUGGCCGAUUGUGGCAAGAUGCAGAGAAUCGAAUGCUUCUGUCCGAUCUAGUCCAUAGAAGUGCCACUCAUCGGCCUAGGGUUCUUACAGUUGAGGACAAGCUGAUGAAUCUCGGAUGCAAGAAGAUUGUGGAGGCUGAGAUGGACUUGACAUUGGCAAAGAGUCAGGGGUAUUUGAGGCGAGAAAAUUCUUCUUCUCCUAAGAAGCUUCUCGCUGUAGUCGGAGUUUACACUGGUUUUGGGAGUAAGCUUAAGAGGAAUGUGUUCAGGGGUUCGUGGAUGCCUACAGGUGAUGCUUUAAGAAAGCUUGAGGAUAGGGGUGUGGUCAUUCGUUUUGUUAUUGGUCGAAGUGCUAAUCGAGGCGAUAGCUUAGAUCGUAUUAUUGAUGAAGAGAAUCUCCGGACAAAGGAUUUCAUGAUUCUUGAAAGUCACGAGGAAGCUGUGGAAGAACUACCCAAAAAAGCCAAAUUUUUCUUUAGUGCAGCAGUUGAAAGAUGGGAUGCCGAAUUUUAUGUUAAGGUUGAUGACAGUAUCAACCUCAACCUGGAUGGGUUGAUUGAGAUUCUUGAAAGCCACCGAGGUCGUAAUGGUGUAUACAUGGGUUGCAUGAAGUCGGGUUCUGUUAUAACCGACGAGGGAAAACAGUGGUAUGAACCUCAGUGGUGGAAAUUUGGAGAUGGAAAGUCGUACUUUCGUCAUGCUUCUGGUUCACUCUUUAUACUGUCAAAAAAUUUGGCUCGCUAUGUCAACAUAAACAGUGCAUCUCUACAAACAUAUGCUCAUGAUGAUAUUUCAGUGGGUUCAUGGAUGAUGGGUCUUGACACAAGCCAUGUUGAUGAUGACCGACUUUGUUGCAGCAGCUCUAGACAAGAGAAGGUUUGCUCCUUGGCAUGAGCUGUAGAGAAUAUCUUAUAUACAUGCAUCAUUGCAGAUUACAGGACUUUUCAGGGUUCGCUACUUGAAGGUGGUGUCCACUUGCGCAAGCAGUUUUCUUGUUACUAUAAUCACUUACCUUUUUUGAAAUUUUUGAGGCUAUUUAUUGUAAGUAGCAGUAGUAACAACUAUACUUAAAGAAUCACUUUACGGCCUCUUUAUUGUACGGUAAAGUAUUCAUUGACGAACUAUCGAUGACAUUGCACGUUUGUAAUAGUAAUAGUUUUCACAGCACUGGCUCUCGAACGUUUUCUAAACCGAUAAACAAUAACUUCGCAUUUUUGCGAAUUUCAUUUUGGGCAGA